CUGGCAAUACCGCUAGUGCCAUGCCGUGCCCUCGACGUACGAACGACAACGGACGACUGUUUAUAUAAACUUUCUGUCAAGUGCAUUGUGUUUGGAACUAGUUAACAUCGCGUAAAACAACAAUUGACGUUCUACUUUCGCAAUUAAAACGAUUGUGUCGUGCAACUUCCUACUAUAACGUGGAAUUUUUAGAUAACAUAAACUAAACUACAAUCAGUCCGUUAUUACAUCUGCCUGUGCGCCGAAGUGUUUUGAAAAAAAAAACAACAAGACUGUUUCUCAUUGAUGUGUGAUGUUUAUUCGUUUUUCAAAAUAACAAAAUGGUUGAUAAAUAUAUGCGUUAGCCGUGGCGUUUAAUAAACUUACUAAAAUAGUUUGAAACAAAUAAUUGGUGCCAACAAAAAUGUAUUAUGCCGUGUCGAAAUGAUAUCUGCAAAGAACAGAGUGCAACAAAUCAAGAGUAAAUUCGAGAAUUUGAAUAACACCGAGAACAUACCUAACAAACGGAUUGAAAAUCAAUUAUUUCUGAAUAAAAAUGCUUUCACAAAUAGUUACGGGAAGGAAAACAGUGAAAAUAUCGAAUAUGAGCUAUCGGACAAAACUGGCAUCGACAAUGAAUCAGAGAGCGACGAUUGGACACCUACACCCAACUCCAGUUAUUUAUACAAUAAAAUCGAAGUGAAACGGAGUACUAGUGACACGAAAAACUCGCUCUCUCGUCAGUCCAGUGAUCCUGGGAAGAAACUGCACAGGAGUCAUGCUUUCCGCUGCGACAGGAGCCAAAAAAUAGCCAACAGUCCGAAGCGACACGGGAGCUGCAACGGUAGGUCCGAAACAAGUGAUUUUUCAUUCAAAAUGGAACGUAAAUUGAGCAAAGAUAGGCUUAAGAGGCUCGGAAACUUCCUAGAAGAGCAGAUGAGGAAAGAGAAUUAUGUGCCACAAGUGCAAUAUGCUGAAAUUGUUGGUGAAGUCAAAGACGCUGAGCAAUUUGACUCCAUACCUGAUUCCGAGGUCCCUCAGCAUAUUCUAGACCAGUAUGCUAUUGUCGUGAAGCCUAAAAGGCAGGAACGGGAGAAGCAGGAAGCCAUGACGGACAGUGGAGUGAGCUCGGAGACUGAAAAUGUUGAAGAAGAUAAAAAUGGGAGGAUAAAACGACUUCUGUCUCAAUUUGAGAAGUCUCCUGAAAAGACUCACCUCACAAAUCUACAAGCAAUGGAUGAUUUGUGUGAUUCCAGUGAAACUAUACGCUUGGAACGUAAAAAUCCACAUUUAAAACUGACUGAUACACUGAAAAAGGCUUUAAAACAACCCUUACCAGCGGGGCCACCACCGGCAAAGCCGCCCCGAGUUCUGAAACCUCAAAGUCCUCAACCACAACCAGAAACAACUGAUGAACAGAAGAAAGAAGCAAAACGAAUGCUCGAGAAGCUCGAACUCGUCUUACAAAAGCGAGAAGGUACCGUAGAAACUCCAAAGAAGCCAAAAGAAAUCCACUACUUAUGUACGGAGAUUCUGGACAUAACGAACAGAACAUUGCUACCGAAUCAGACCUCUGACCCGAUCUCCCGUUGCCUAAACUCUCUAAAUUGUGCCAUAAAGAAUAAUUCCACAUCAAGUCUUCCGUACACUCGUUUAAAGACUAAUGAAGAUACGAAGAACUUGUGUUGUGCGUGUACCAGUGAGAAUAAGGAUCCGAAGUGGCCAAAUAAGUGUUUGCGGUGUACCGAUGAAGAUGAAAAAGUUGGUCGUUUCAAAUGCCAUGUGAAUUGUGUGUGUGAUGUGAAAAAUUCCAAGUUUUAUGUGCAUAAUGAGCAUAUUUAUGACGUGCCGUGCAUGGAGGAGGAUCCGAAGCAUACGUAUGGUACGAUCAAUACGUUGAAGAGCUGUAAAAGUAUGGAGGAGUUACGGAGCAAGAAAUCUGAGGACUCGAAAAUCUACGACAUCCCAUACGAACCAAUGAUGAGACCACCGACUCCAGAAAUCGCACUACUAUCCCCAAAACCCACCAUAGAAACCGCAGAAACAGUCCAGAACCCUCCAAAAACGGAUUUCGCAAAACUGCGCCAGAAUUUCGAAAAUGGCUUUCCGAUGUUGGAGCAAAAAAAGCCGACUCCGAUUAAACCGAAGCCGAUUCUGGUUUCGAAGUUUAAAACUGGGAAGUCUAUAGAAAAUUUGAAUGGAGAGUUCUUGAGGAACCCUGGGAAGUAUCAUACUGAUCAUCGGAGGUACAAGAAUAAGGCAGAUAUGGGAAUCAGCUUUACAUUGCCGAAAAGGGAUACGCAACUGGAUUUGGACAGGGAAAAUCUCAACGAUCUGAUGAACGAGCUCUUCGAGACGGUCACAGCUGUCUGCAACAUGGACGACAAUAAGCCUGGCAGUUUCCCCACAGAGAACUCAGAUGGCAGCACUAGCGAAGAAUCAGUAAAACUAACAAGAAGUUUGACAGAAAAAAGAAAGAAUUACGUGCGAAGAGUGUCAACCAGAGUCGCCUAUUUAGACCCGAAGAACAUCAAGAGAUUCAGGCACCAAACCUCAAUCUGCUCUUACAAAUCCGAAGUCAUUGACAACCCUUACUCCACAUUCAGAUCUUGGAAAAGCUUUAGAACGUCCCAAGGAAAUAUCACCAAAAUGGAUACUGCUUCAAAGUUUAACCUAACCGAUGCAGAUGGGAAUGUCCUGUCGAUGAAAGACGUGUUAGAUGCCAGUUCUGAUAGUAUUGAUAAUAUGAGUAUUGAUGAGAAGGCUGGAUGUAUAGAUUUGCCUUUUGAGCCCCGUGAAAGAGGAUUGUUCAAUUUGUGCUUGUUGGUCGGAUUGAAUCAUAUGACUGGACAGGCGUAUGUUAAAAGCGUUUUUCCUAGUCAGGUACAAGUGCCGCCCCACAUAGAGAACCUGGUGUUCCCGGAGACGAUGAGCUCGUCUCCCCGCAGCGAGUGGUCGGUGGACGCUCGCAGCCUGCAGUGCUACUCGCUGGUGCUCACUGAUGAGAGGGGCGAGAGGGCUUAUGGCUACUGCCGUCGAGUGCUACCGGAGGGUGCUACCACGUGUCUACCACUCUGCUACUGUUUGAUAGGUCGCUACCGAGCGCCUGGCUUCUAUUAUAAGGUCCUAGAAGAAAUAGAAUCACACCACGGCAGCUCAGACGUAGAGAUCCACUCAAUCCUACAACAGCUAUUCGAAACCGAUUUCCCAAACCCGGGCGAGGAAAUCACCAUCAGCUACGCCAAGAACAACGAUUACGACAUCCCCGGUGAUUACGAAUCCCCGAACGGGGAUUAUAAUGUACCGAGCGGUGAUUAUAAUGUGUCUCCCAAAAGUAAGACUUUGCCAGAUUUGAGGAGGGAAGAGAAAAGUGAAAUGGCAACGUUUUAUGAUUUGGAAAAUAAUAAUGGGGUCAAGAAUUUUAAUGUUACCUUUGAUAAUAUGCUGAGGACAAAAAUAAUAAAGCGUCCGAUAGAGCCACGCGUGGACGAGGACAACAUGUCGGUGUUGCUGGACUUGCUCGGCGCUGGGCUGGUCAUCAAGGUGUUCGGGUCGCUGCUGCUGGAGAGGAAGGUCAUCAUUAUUGGAGAUCAGCUCAGAUCAGUAUCAUCGUGCGUGGAAGCCCUGCAAGCCUCCCUGUACCCGUUCGUGUGGCAGCAGCCCCUGAUCUCCUCCAUCCCCAUGGAGAUCCAGCGCGAGGUCCUCGAGGCUCCGCUGCCUAUCCUCGCGGGUAUGCUGCACCCGCCGCACGAUUCGGACCUCAGUUCUGUUGUUUUUGAAGAGGGUAUGCUAAUAGACCUGACGCACCCAUCAAAAGUCCUCUACUACCAAGGAGACGAAUCUACGAUCCUCCCCACAUCAUGCUAUAAGACUUUAAAGACUGCUUUACAAAUGGAAACUAGCAAAAACAAAGAUAGGGAGCAAGACAUUAAAACAAGGAACCUGAUGAUUUCUGAAGCGUUUCUGAGGUUCUUCGUGGAUAUACUUGGUGAUUUCUGGCGAUUCUUCCAUCUUGGAGAGGUUAAGGAUGGGGAUUUGGGACGUAAUGGGGUGGUUUUUGAUAAAGAAGCAUUCAUAAAGAGCUCAACAUCAAAACAGAACCAGUACUUUCUAGAAUGGUUCACGGAGACGGCGAUGUUCACCCACUUCAUACAAAACAUGUCUUCAAUACACCACUCCAAAGUCACCCCCAACUCCCCUCCAGACCUGGUGGACACCCCCCUUCCCAACUACUACGGCUUAUUCGAUGAACGAGUUAGAAGCCGAACCAAAUCUUCAAGUAAGUCGGUAGAUAGUUCAAGAAGCAAUUACAAAAACGUAGUCAAUAAAAAAGUCAAAUUUCUCAAAAGUAAACUCAGGGAUUUGGUCGCGUAAAGUGUGAUUCUGUGUUUGUUUUGGUCUUAUAAUGUGUCUGGUGAAAAGUUGGUGUUACAUUUGUAUUUAUUUUGUUGGACCUCUGUCUACCCCCUUGGGGUUUAAAUGGCGUAAUAUAACUAUGGUGAGAUAUUUUAAAUUAAUUAUGUAACUAAAUUAUUUGUGUGAUCCACAAAUUGUUGUUUCGGGUCUGGGUGUCAUGUGUAUGUGAACUUGUAUGUUUGUAAACGCACCCACGACACAGGAGAAAAUACUAGCGUAGAGCCAUGUUUCAAGAAAAAAAACACUGUUCAAUGAUAUUACCGAUUCUCGCACAAGCUACUAAAGAUUAUAGGCUCCUGUCUAACUUGAAACUAGUCGAGUCAACUCGAAAAGUUACGCAAAUAACAUAAUUAAUUUAAUUAGGAGUUAUAAUAUAUCAAUAUUUAAAAAAUGGUCCUGUCUACGUCUUUGGGAGUUAAAUAGCGCUAUGUUAUUAAUAAGACUGUUAAGAUCUAAACUGGUAUGUCUGUCUGUCUUGUUGGAAAAGCGAACUAAUUUUGUAUAGCUUCAUGCAUCAAGCUAAUGAAACCAGUAUAAGAGCCUAUGCACACCACGUUUUUUAAACGCGCCGUCGACGCGCGUUUGUAGCGAUACAGACGCGAUACACACGCAAGUUAGACGCAGCCUGUAGACCUUUGCACUCCUGACGCGCUUGUAUAGCGAAACAUGGUUUUUGACUGCACGGUUAGUGCGGUGGCUGGGCAACUGGCUGCCGCGCAACGGGUAGCGGGUUCGAUUCCCGCACGGAGCAACUCUUUGUGUGAUCCACUAAUUGUUGUUUCGGGUCUGGGUGUCAUGUGUAUGUGAACUUGUAUGUUUGUAAACGCACCCACGACACAGGAGAAAAUACAAGUGUGGGGCAACGUUUUAAAAAAAAACAGACGCGAUGUAAAAGCGCGUGUGUAGCAAUCGUGAAUUCUACAAUAUUGGCCAUUGAAUUUCAGUUAUUAAGUGUCAAAAGGCUCCGUUGUUCCAAUGACGUGCGGUGCACUAAAUCGGUCGAUUGGUACUAGCGUAGAUUCACACUUUUGUAUUGAUACAAACGACAACAAACUGCUCUGAUAAAUAAAUGAUAAAUGAUAUUUAUUUUGCAAAUAGGUUAUAAAAUAACACUUUUACACGUCAAUCUCUUAAAUAACUAGAUGAGGCCGGCAUUUCCUAUCCGACUACUCUGAGAAGAAAUGCCGAAACAAACUCAGAGGUCAUAGUCUCUUUUAAAGUCCAGACAAAAUCAAUUAAAGAUGUCGGAGAACCGUGCAAGUUGAUUCUGUAGUGGUCUUUUGAGGAAAGAACCACAGCAGUGCAGGAGAAAAACGCGCCGGCGACGCGCGUUUAAAAAACGUGAUGUGCAUAGGCCCUAAACUGACCGUCGAAUGUGCGGUAAGAUCUUACAAAGCGAGACCAUUAUUAACCUUCCUAUACUCGCGUGAUUUUUUGUUACAGCUAUACUCGCGCGCGGUCUCACAGACCGAUAGUUUGAACUGCUGUCAUUUAUUUUUUUUUCUAUGAAAACCUAUAAAGAUUAUAUUUUGUUUUCAAAAUAGAGGAUAUAAUGAAACAAUCAUAUCAUGUUAUAACUUGUUAAUUAUAUAUUUAACUUGACUAUCAGUCUCAUACCUCUGCCUAGCCUUCAAAAUUGACAUAUUUUUCUUAUGUACUAAGUAAACUGAACUAAAACAUAUUUCUUCAAAAAAAAAACUCAAAUAAACUUUAUUUUUUGUAAAAAACAAUAGCUAUAAGAUAUGUAAAUCACAGAUUCACUUGGUUAUCAGCUUCACAGUAACAAUCUUAUACUACUUUUAUACUGACGAUAAAAGUUACGCCUAUACUCACGUCGGUCUGACGGACCGAUUGGCGCCAAACACACCAACAUGUGCGUUUCGCACAAACGCACUGUGUGCACUAAAAUGAAGUUGGCAACGAAUCCGGCAGCUACUAAAAAAAUGGAGUCGCUGGGGUUACCAAAAACAAAAAAAAAAUUGAAAAAAUGUUUCGUCGGUCUCACAGACCAAUGCGCGAGUAUAGGAAGGUUAAAUGGUUUAUAUAGCCUCGUGUAUCUACUAAUAUUGUAAAAUGAAAGAGUAUACUGUUAACGUACCUCUGCCUACCCCUUUCGGGGUUAUGGGCGUGAUGAUAUGUUACUGCAAAUAAGUUAUUAGAGGACUGUUUCAUAACCUCUGAUUAAAGUUUUGAUUAUUGUAACUGACACAUAAGUAUAUAGGGUGACUGGUAAUUAGUGAACGAUAUUUAAACACGUGAUUGUACUCAUGAUUACAAACAACUUUCCCGAAGAAACUUUACUAUGGAAGCAGUUUUUAUGAUAACUGAAUGAUAAUCAAUGGUUUUGAAACAGUAUUUUAAUAUAUCGAAAUCAUUUAGUAUUACGAUUUUCAUUUUAGAAAUUCUCAGUAAUAGCCCAAAGUCUCGAAUUGAAGUCUCUUAUGUACUCUACCUACCCCCUUUGGGGAAUAAAAAGCGUGAUAUUAAUAUUUCAUAUCAUUCUAGUAUCGUCAUGAGCUAAUGUUCACAUGUAAACAGCAGCUCAUGUAGUGUAGAUGUCCAGUCAACAAGGAUGUAGCGAGGUUGACUGUCAUUUACAUGAGCUAAUGUUAAAAAAAUGGAUUUUUAACCCUUUUGAUUGUAGAUAAUGGCAUGAUCUUAUAAACAUCUUAUUUAUUACAUAAAUAAACUAUUAGGAGUUUAAAAUUGUGCCCAGUAUAUGGCAAUAGACUCACCCCCUAUUACAUGGGACUUAUAACAUAACUGGUGGAAAAGUGGGGGUUACAUUGUGUAUAUGUUCUGUCUAUCCCUUCGGGGAUUAAAAGACGAUAUCCUAGGUUAAAUA